AUGAUGGUAGAUUUGUUUUCUUUUAAUUAAAACAUUCUUAGCACAUACCCGACGCAAACUCCCAGGAUAUCGUCGAAGAACGUGCUAUUAAUGAAGAAUAUAAAAUUUGGAAGCGAAAUACUCCAUUUCUUUAUGACAUGCUCAUGUCCCAUUGUUUGGAGUGGCCUAGCCUUUCAGCCCAGUGGUUACCAACAGUUGAACGGUAGGUUUCUUGCUUAUUUUUUGAUGUUCUUAGAACUGCUGAAGAUUACUCGGUACACCGGCUCAUUCUGGGAACACACACAUCAGACGAGCAAAAUCACUUAUUAAUAGCAACAGUGCAUCUUCCGAACGAUAAUGCUGAAUUCGACGCUAGUACAUACGAGUCAGAGAAAGGAAAUUUUGGUGGAUUCUAUUAUCCGUCGGGAAAACUGGAAAUAACCAUGAAAAUUAAUCAUGAAGGCGAGGUCAACCGUGCGCGUUACAUGCCUCAAAAUCCGGACGUAAUUGCAACCAAAACACCCAGUGGCGACGUCCUCGUUUUUGAAUAUCCCCACCACCCCGUCCGAGCGCCUGCCGAAAGAGGAUGCCAACCGGAUUUACGAUUGAAGGCAAGGCAUUAAACUUGCGCACUUAGACGUGGUUUAGUGAUAUUUGUUAAUUUUAACAUUAAUUAGUCUUGUUCAUUUUCCCAUUAGUCGGAAUUACCAGACAAUUAGACACAUUUAAGACAUUUCGAAGGUUUAAAUCUCUUUGGGAUUUGGGAAGUCUGAUGGAUUAAAGACCUUUUACCCCCAAAAGUCCGAAUUUUCGAUUGAGACGUAAUGCUAUUAGAAAAAGUGAGGUUCCUUGACAGCCCAGACCCAUCGGAAAUCUGCAAGGAUUUCGAGUCCGAUAUGAACGGUCGGAUGCUUAGGAGUGGGAGAAAGGGUGGCAUAAGAAGAAUAUUAGGUUGGGACAGGAAGGUCAGUUUACACGGAGCUGGGUGGGAAAACAUAUCCUAACUUCGGCAGAUUUCUUGCGAAGUAGUACUUCCCGGCGCCAAAGGAUUCACUACCGCCACCCAGGCAUCAAAUAAAACAAGUUCCCAGGGGCUCAUGAACUAUGACUUCCUGGCUGCUAGUCGAUAGCGUCUCUAAGCUUACACAUUUGCCUUUGAGAAACAAAACUACGGAGGAUGGGGAUAUGAAGCUUUAGACUAUCGCCAGGCGGAUUUUGAAAUCUGCAUCUGUGUGCUGAGCAAUUUUUGUGAUGUCGGGAGGGAUAGAAUUUAGCCGAUAGCUGACAAGAAAGGAUGCGAAAUCCAUCGAAGUAUUCUUCUUCAUGAUCUUCUGUGAGCAUGGAUAAGUCGUCAACAACUGACCCAAAGUCUUAUGUUUUAGUCAGUCCAGGUCUUUGUAUCGCCCCAUAUAUGUUCGGAGAUCGCAGUUUACUAAUCACCGGAGCUGCCUGCGGUCACUUUUUUCUUUUGGCACCCGUCUAAUUUGGCCGGCUCAGAGAGUCGGUCUAUCGACACCUGUACUGGGUGGAUCUUUGAUCUCAAAGGCGGUCCACUUUGGACCAGCACCGGAUGAACGGCCACUCUGAGCACUCGAGUUUUUCCCCGUUCUCAUCAACAUCGAACUGCCAUCAUCCUCAUACGCAUUUUUAUCUAUGAAGAUACUGUUCUGGUUGCCAGGAUACUUCCAGUCAAUAGGGGCUGCGAGGAUAAGGACGCUGGUCACCGAUCAUCAUAUCAUAUUCAGACACUUUCUUAUCUAGUCACUCGACUGCGAUGCAAUGAAUCUCCACAACUGUAUGUCUAUUACCCAAGCAGUUUCCCUACAUAAUGAAUGAUUCUUCUACCGGUUAGAGCCUUUGGUCGGGAGCCGCCUUCUCAGUAUUGUUGGUUGUACAAGAACAAGGGGGCGAACGCGUUACCUUUAACAGCUACGUUGGUGGACCUGUUUCUUUCCUCAUGACAACAAAUUUGUCGAUCUGCCUCCUCAUUUAGACAAUCUAGUAGAAAACGCCUCUCUGAGAAGGGUUUAGAAAUCGAGCACUAAUGUUCGAUUCUGGCCUUCCGGCAGAAAUUGAACUUAUGUCCACCCUAACGGUAAAAAGCAUAUGGAUGGUUACAGCUAUGGCACUGAAUGAAGCCCCCUUUGCUUCCAGGUUGGUAGCAUAUCCGCCAGCGAAAUUACAAUUCUUCCAUUACAUACAAAACAGGUUUUCUACGAAGCAUGCCAAUUUUAUAGAAAAUCUUCGCACAAAAAUGACGUUCAUCGAUCCUUUCUGGUUGCCAAACGGAAUACAGGCGACUACGUUUUUCUCUAGAGCUUCUGCUGGGAGCUCUUUUAGGAAAUCGCAUGAAGACGUUUAAUACAGUAAUGCAGUUGUUUGACUGACAAGGACAAGGGGAACUAAGAUGACAAUUUCUGACUUAUUUUCCAUCAGCCGUAGUGAAAUCCUGGUCUGUGAACAUUUAGAAUUUUAACCCAGACCAGCUUUUUGGUGAGUUAUCGGAAAAUAAUGUUAUUACACAGGUGGGCUCUUUUCUCUCAGGAUAAGUUGUAUACUCACUAUUUGGGUGCUGCAGGGGCGCCGAGGACUGAGGACUGCCUUAUAAAAUAACAUAACACUGUAUGAAGGUACAGUAGCAUGGAGACCGUGAAUUGCCAGGAAACAAGUUAACUUUCCACCACUGCCUCGCGGUUAGGUUCUUGAGCCGUGGUGCUGGAGAUGGCUGUUGAGGACCCGCCCUUUUUCAAAUUUUCCCAGAGUCUACAUGACAGUAUCCAGUUUCAAUACUACAAUCCAAGCUAUAGCAUAUACUAGAACUGACGCACUCAUCAACCCUGGCGCAGUGGUGCGGCGAAUAGUACGCGAACUGUACUGCUCAUUUGUAACGGGCCAUUGUUGUUCGAGACUGGGAUCCACAAACGUUCCUUGACUCUGAUACCCGAAAUCUGCCGGAAUGCAAUGUUUAUCAGUACCAUAAUGAUGUCUGCCGCCUGUCUGAAGCCAGACUCCCAGGCUUGAGCUUUUGAAAAAUAUGGGUUUUAGAGAUCAACCUCCACUCCAUUUUCUACCACAACACCACUCCUGCGGACAUCAUGUGGCUAUCGACCUCAUGACCAGUGAGUCAUGUUUUGUCUGUGUUGGAACCAGUAAAUAACCGCCUAGCGCACGUACGACCGAAGGGGUACCCUACCAAAAUCUCUGUUGUUUCCUUUUACACAAAACAUCUACUGACCGGCGCGACAAAGGAACUAUUUGCACGCAGCUGUUAGAACUGAUCAGAGAACCCCAUCGCUGUGAUUUGCUGCUUGUUUCCGGUAACUUGUAUGUCCGGGCUGGGCUAGCCAACUCUUCAAAAAACAACCCAAUAAAACUUUUUGGUCAUGGUUCUGAAUGCGGCAGCGGUGAAAUAAGAUUGCACAUUGCUGACCAGAACUGUUUUGCUCUCUCCAACACGUGCUUUCAACAUCGCUAUGAACAUUUAAUGACCUGGCAUGUAAACGAUGGUUGUGCGCUCGGGCAUGUGGACUGCAAAGUUGCCUCAAGGUUUUGUGGCUGACUGCAUGAUGGCAGGUCGAUGCGUGAUGCCGGAACUUUUGAGUAGACCGUGUCUUCGUUCGCACACGUCUGAAAGUCCACCUCUUAUAUGCCCCCUGCCUGCCUCCUUCAAGAUUCCUCGAUGUCUAAAAAUUCGGACAGACCAACACGGUCGAACCCCAGAGCACAUAAAUUCUGACCUUGCUUGAGCCGAAGGCGUUAGUAAAUGUUCAUCACUGAGGCGCCCAGUUUGCGAGCCGAGUAUGAGGGUGUUUGGGCACACACGCCAUUUCCAUGAUGACUGGAUCAGCUGAAAAACCUUCAGUUGUGCUCCGGGUAGCCUCACAGCAAUGGUUCCAUCACAUCGAGUCUGGAAAAUGACUGCAACGUUGGCUGUAGACGACUGCGGAAAAUAGUGGGCUACAAGCGUCGAUGAUAGUCGAAAAUUCUGUUAAGUGGUUCACCAAGUUAGCGGAGGACUCGGUGUGAAUGAUGGCCUUAUUGCCGACAACUCGAUCAUGCUCAGGCGCUGGGGUGAGCACUUCGAAUGCCCUGUCAACUCUGACAGCCAACCUGCAACCACCAACCUUUUUCCCUCUUCCCUGGGUUUGGGGUUCAUUCAUCUCCAGCCGUCGCAAGGCCUUGUUCUCCACCCCUUCAGAAAAAGUCCCGCUGCAAUUCUGAGGUUACACAACGGCGAGACGUUCGGAAAGGCGGAGUAUCCCUGUCGACGUCAGCAAGUAUUGUGUCAAAACUCCGGCUCUCUGGCUCCAUGAAGUGAUGGAGUCAACGUGGGAAGAUGAGAUCGUUCCUAAAGGCGGGUUCGGUUAUCUUAAUGUAUGUCUUCAAAAAGUGGUUGAGAAAAGUGUGAGGACCAUUGACGUUCUCGUGCAGGUCUUUGCCAUUGCUAUUCUCGCACUGUCUCAGAGCGUGUUACCCUAAAACGAGACAACAAGGCCGAGUUCCGUGCUGGGCAUGAAUGAACCGACGAGAUAUCUACAGUGCGACACAUUAGUGAACUUCUACAUGACUACCAGCACCCAAUGACUGUCUGAUUUAUUUACUUCACUGCAGCUUUUGAUGCCAUUCGUUGCGAGUCCAUGUGGUGGAUAUUGAGAUUAGACGAUGCAUUGGCCAAAAUCGUCACUGCUCAACAUCUGCGAGUUCCGGCCCAUUACCGAUCGUCAGAUAAUUGGUCUGGGGUUCAAAAGUGUAUCCUAUCGCCCAUUUAGUCUAACUGCGUCACUCACUGAAUUUUCAAGAAGAGUGUACGCGAUUUUGACGUCGAAUUUCGCCGGGACGCCGACUGUUUGACCGCCACCACGUUUAAGAUGCUUUGAUAACGAACGGUUGAAAGGAUCUAUGGAAUGCUGUAUUGGGUGAAGACAGUUACUAAAUCAAUCGGUUUAUCCAUCGACGUUACAAAGGCCAGCAUUUUUCCAAGCUGCAUCGUCUCGAGAUUAUUGACCGCAAGCCUGAAGAAGUGAGCUGUUCCAGAUAUAUCGGAGCGAAGUUGCUGUCAGGCGGACAGAAUAAGGAUGAUAUCACAGCUCGAUUGAAUGCUGCUCUCGGAGUUUCGCUGUAUCUGAAGACGUAGGUGGGCCCGACGCGGUAUCUCCACCGCCACAAAGGCCCACAUGCACCGUCCAUCUGUCCCGUACCUCCUCGUGCACGGUUACUAGUACUGGGCGGCGUGCAUGAAAGACUUUCAAAAAUAGAGGGCGUCUGACCAUUUUCGACUGAAAGCCAUCCUUCGGAGGAAGUGCGUCGACCUCGUCUCCACUGAGAGACCGUUUUCACUCGUUGCAACGAUAGCCUCAGGAUAUUUCAAGUCCUUCAAAAGAUGACUGAAGCAGUUCGGUUACGCCCGUUAGAUGCUCAUCGCAUGAGUUCAGUGCUGUUGCCCUUGAUCUGGCAUCGCAGCCCAUCGCGAGUGCAUAACCUGGCUCAGCACAGUCCUUAGGGAUAUUGAAGUGCUUCUUGAACACUUGCCAUUCGGUCUUGGACGCUGAAGAAGGGGGUUGGAGCUAGCUCUCCACAUCCAAUAGGGAGUACAAGUCAGUGGUCAAGGUGGGAGUCCCCUUCGCUUGUACAUACGAAGAUAGGUCUUCUUUAAAAAGUGCGAAUUUCCCAGAAAGGUAUGCAAAAUUGACAAAUUGACCCACGAGUGUGCACCAUAAAACCCGCUUAUUGCAAUGCAGGUCGUUUAACAAAUUUAAACCGCGUACCCAAUCUCUUGAUUUCGAACUAUGUGCGUGUCCCUUACCCAUUGCCAAGUUUUUUUGGAGAGACUUUUUCUAUGUAUACUAGUCUUUUCUUCCUACUGUCUGCCGUACUUUGAGUCUCCAGUCAUUGAACGUUCUCCACUUUUUUAGGGUCAUCAAAAAGAGGGUUAUGGCCUCUCCUGGAAUGCCACUCACCACGGCCACUUGCUGUCCGCCUCUGAUGAUCAAACAAUUUGUCUUUGGGACAUCUCCGCCACACCGCUUGACUCACGCUGCGUUGACGCCAUGGCAAUUUUUACGGGGCACCAUUCAGUAGUUGAGGAUGUCGCCUGGCACCUCAUUCAUGGCCACAUCUUUGGUUCGGUGGCGGACGACAAUAAGCUCAUGAUUUGGGACACCCGCAGCUCUUCGCGAAGCAAGGCCCAGCAUCAGGUCGAUGCACACACCGCUGAGGUCAACUGCCUGGCCUUCAAUCCCUUCUCCGAGUUUAUCCUCGCCACCGGCAGUGCCGAUAAGGUGCUUAAUCGGGUUCUUUGGGUCAACUUGAAGGUGGCCCAUUUCAUGACUGUUUAACCAGAAAUCCGUGCUAUUUCAUCGACUGAAAUUCUAAAUUGCGAUUUCGGUCAGAGAGGAUCACUUGAGCGAAGUUAAAAUGUUGAUUAUCAUGCAGCAUAAUCUCAAGAAAUUUAAGUCACGCAGAAUAUCCACAUUCAAACGCGCAUCAUUCCGGCCGCCUGCAGAAAUUAUAUUGGCUCAAAUGAUUGCUUAAAUAGUGUAAAUCUUCCUGAUUUUUGAUGCCUCUACAAAUCUAGAUGUUUUUUUGUUGUAAAAGUCAUACAGAAAUACCCCUUUUUGUACCCAUUUAGUAGAAAGUUAAUUUAAAUGUUCUGCUCGAAGAGAGAGCAUCUUUCUGUCCAAGGGAAACCUGCAGUCUCGAAAGUACCGUUGCGGUGAAUAAAGAAAUUUGGAAGAGACGUAGUUUGCUACAAAUGAGGGUAAGAAGAAGUUGCUGUCGAACGGACAGAAUAAGGAUGACAUCAUUGCGAAAAUGAAUGCUGCUCGCAGUUUUGCUAUCUCUGAAGCCGUAGGUAGACCCGACGCGGUAUCUCAACCGCCAAAAAGACCCGUACACACCGUCAAUCUGUCCGACACCUCCCCUUGCACGUACAUAAAAAACGUACGAAAAUAGAGGGCGUCUGACCACUUUCGGCUGAGAAUCAUCCUUCGGACGAAGUGCGCCGACCUCGUCUCCAGUGAGAGACCGUUUUCACUCCUCGCAACAACAACCUCAGGAUAUUUCAGCUCAUCCAAAAGACGACUGAAAUAGUUUGUUCACGCCGUGCGAGCAGCAUUCAUUCGCGCUAUGAUAUCAUCCUUAUUUUGUCCGUUCGACAGCAACUUCGCUCCGAUAUAUUUGGAACAGUUCACAUCCUCGUGCUGGCAGUCAAUAAUCUGGAGGCGGUGCAGCUUGGGAAAAUUUCGGCCUUUGUAACGUUGAUGGAUAAGCCGGUUGAUUUAGUAACUAUGUUUACCCAAUACUGCAUCCCAUAGAUCCUUGUAACUUCUCGCAUAAGAAUGCGGGUGAUGCAUUGUUUUAUUGAUCGGGGACCACCGAUAUUCAUCGCAUCCUUUUUUCCACAAAACCGAUGAUUUUUGAUGUAUUUUUUAGACUGUAGCCCUGUGGGACCUUCGAAAUCUCCGCUUGAAGCUGCACUCGUUUGAAUCUCAUCGCGAUGAAAUAUUCCAGGCAUGUACCUCUGUUACUCUUCAAAUUUUUCCUCGUAAAAGUACUUGUUUAUGGGCCCCUCUUCUGUUCAAUCUUCACUAGCACAUCCCGCGGCAGCGGCCUCUGUUGAAACUGCAAAUCGAAAAAUAAGACAUGUUGGCUGCGAUGCGCUAACCCACUGCAAAUAUUGGUCAGGUUAUAGUACCUACUUACAAGUUUUGGGUAACCACGUUUUUACAAGUCGCUCAGGGCCUCGAGUUUUCUCAAUCUAAGGUCAGAUUGUGGUGUUUUGCAUAGAAUAAUUAAACGGCUUCAACAGUCUUUCGUUAUGUCUGUAGCUUUCAAUGUUCUAAAGGAUAGUUUUUUACAGGUUCAAUGGUCACCACAUAAUGAAACCAUUCUUGCCUCUUCUGGUACCGACCGACGGUUGCAUAUUUGGGAUCUCAGCAAGAUAGGAGUGGAUCAGACUGCAGAGGAUGCCGAGGACGGUCCACCAGAACUUCUCUUCAUCCACGCCGGCCACACAGCCAAGAUAUCUGAUUUCACUUGGAAUAUUAAUGAUCCCUGGACCAUAUGUUCUGUUUCUGAAGACAAUAUUUUACAAAUAUGGCAGAUGGUAAGUCAGCUUACCUGA